CUGCUGCUCCUGGGCAGAGCCGUGUCCCUGGCGAGGCCUGGGUGACACCGGCGGUGCCAGGAGGGGCUUCUGCAGCCGCAGCGGGGGCGAGGCGGGGCCGGCAGCGCUCUGAGGAGCCGCGCUGGAAUCCCCGGGAGAAGCGGGAGCAGGAGGCAGCGGCGGUGCAGGAAUGGUGGAGGGGAUGAGGGAGCAGUGGGUGCGGUUGUGGUGCUGCUCUCCCUCUCCCUGCGGAGCCGGGGCCUCCCGAGAGCCCCGAGCGGGGCCGGCUCCCUUGGGGGGCUGCACUCGCCCCCCACUGCCCAGGGCCCUGGGGCUCCAGCGGCCCUCGGGCAGUGUCCCACGGGCAGGGGGCUGGCGGUGGGGCCCGGGGCUCCUGUGGGGCUGCCGAGAGGGGCCCGCAGCGGGCAGGGGCCGGGCAGGGAGCGGGAGAGGCCCCGUGCCAGGGGCCGGGCAGGGUCUGGCUCGGGGGGACUCUGCUGCGGGGCUGGGCUGGCCAAGGACGGGCAGGAGGAGCCCGGGCAGCUGCCGGGGCUUCUCCUCCGCCGUCGCCGAGCGGGGCUGGCGGGACCCCAGAGGAAAGCGGCCCGGGCUGGGCAGCGGUUGCGGAGCAAAGAGCAGCCGAGAGCCGCUUUGCCAGCCGAGCCGAAGGAUGUCCUGCUCCAGCCUGUGUGUCCCCAGCUGCGGGGUGGCCACCCCGGCCCCUCUGGCUGACACCUGCAACGAGCCCUGCGUGCGGCAGUGCCCCGACUCCACAGUGGUCAUCCAGCCCCCGGCCUCGGUGGUCACCUUCCCCGGGCCCAUCCUCAGCUCCUUCCCGCAGCAGAGCACUGUGGGCUCGGCCGGAGCUCCCUACGUGGGAGCCGGCUCCGGGGGCGCCUUUGGAAGCCGUGGGGGCUAUGGGGCCUUUGGGGGCCUUGGGGGCUUUGGGGGCUAUGGAGGUUUUGGGGGUUAUGGCAGCUUUGGCGGUUUUGGGGGCUCUGGGAUCUGUGGCCGUGGGUCCAGGUCCUUCGGGGGCUCCUGUGGGCCCUGCUAAGCCCCAAAUCCCAGCGGAGCUCAGCGCUGCCCCUGCC